AUGCUACAAGCCAGGAGCAAAAUCAAGGCCAACUGCACUGGAAGCAGGUGUGGCCGGGAGCGCCCCAGCUCCGUUCUACAAAGGAACAAUCGAACUUCUGAGUCUAUCCCGGAGUUCCAAAUCCAGGAGGACGGGACCUGGAACACAUACUUUCUGCCGGGGGCGACCGUCCACGACAAGAGAGCCGUCACAUAUGGCAUCAAUGACAAGUACUACCUCAAGAAGCUCCGCACUGCGGACAACUCGGAGGCGCAGAACUUCAAAAUGCUCCAGUUGCCGGGGAAGACCCUGAUCGUUGAAGUAGACCUCAAUGGUGCCGGCUGCGGCUGCAAUGUGAACUUCUUCCUCGUCUCGAUGCCUGCUGCACAGCCUAGCGAGUAUGGGGAUUACUACUGUGACGGCAAUGGGGUGGGCGGCAAUUUCUGCCCCGAGUUCGACACAAAUGAGAUGAACCAGCACGCGCUUCAGAUCACAAACCACAACUGCUGGGAGCCUUGGAGCAGGCAGACAUGCGACGGCGACGGGGAUCCAGAGAUGAAGUUCUACCCUGGCGAGUUCGGGCCAGGAGACUGGAACAAGAUUGACACCAAUCAGAAGUUCUUCUUUUCAGUUCAAAUGAAGGAGGUGAUUUCUGGAGAUUCGGAUCCGGCCAACCACCUGAUCGUGGAAACCAGGGCCUGGCAGGGGCCGGGCCGUGUCAUCAAGAAGCAGAUGGGCGGUGUCAACUCACCCAUGAAUGGCAUGUGGGGAAAUCUCGCCAAAGGCAUGGUCUUGGUCAUCGACUAUUGGGAGAGCCAGGAUCUGACAUGGCUGGAUGGUGCAGCGUGCCAUGCCACGAUCAGCAACAUGCAGCUGAUCAAGAACGACAACCCAUCGCUGUCGGCGAGCUGCCCGGCGAAGGAGGGCUACAGCUGUGACUGGGCCGACCAAGAAGGUGCUUGUGACAAUGAUGAUGCGACGGAGGGCUGGUGUCGGUGCUGCUGCACCAAAUGCAGCUUGGACAAAAAUUCAGCUCCUACAUCCCCACCCAUCACACAUCGUACUCAAUAUCUAGGGCGUCUAGGGAGUCUAGGGUCAGCGAAGAGGAAGUGUGUUGUCUGCGAUGUCAGAUUUUUUACAUGA